GCUUGUUAUCCAGACGCCCCCUACAUUAAAAUUUGUAAGAGUUAUAAACAAUUAUGCAAAUGAGCUACAUUUACGAUUCGAAAUUGGGAAAGAGUUCGUGAUAUUUACUGUUAUUGAUAAUUUUAUAUUAAUGACUACCAUUGAACAGAUUCAAGCAUUGAGGUUUAGUACAGAUAUGUUCGGAGUUAAAUGCGUUAUUUGCGAUUUUCCACAAGGGUGGAACGAUUAUUACGGCAAUGUUACUUGUAAGGUUUGCAUAAAAUUCUUCUUACAUUGUGUCAUUUCUAGAACAGUGUCAUCGUGUUCGCGUAGUGGAGAUUGUUUUAGGUUUCAAUCUGGAAUAUGGAACUGUGUACACUGCAUAACGGUACAGAUGUAUUUAUUUGGAUUAAAAGCUUCAAAAGUUGGAAUAGUUGGUAAGAGUUGCUACAUGAAACAAAAUGAAUGUAAUUUGCAUAAAGUGGACACAAUGAUUCCAAUAAGCGAGGAAUGUAGGGAAGAAGUGAAAUACUUUAGAAUGCUAUAUCAAAAAAAGAUGAUGAUUUGUACAAAUUGGUUAUAUAACCAUCCACUCCCUCGUGCUAUUCGGAAACAAAAAAGAGAAAGGGCGAAGAUCAUAAAGAAGUUAAUUAUUUUAGAACUAGUAUCCAAUUCUUUGCACGCGCACGAUGUCCUCAUGCUCGGUUCUUCUUACUGUGAUCCUUUUGAAAUAAGAACUAAAGAAUUACAGCAGUUGUACAUACAAAUUUUGAAAAUAACUAGAAAAUUUAAAGAUAUCUUUCCGGAUCAAUACAUAAUUGAUUUUAACAUGAAAAAAUUAUUACUAUAUGAAGCAGAACUACAAAGAAGUGAAAUUUCCGAUUUUCGUGAUGAAUUAAUAACAGCGGUUAGACUUUAUAAUAUAUUUGACAAAGUAUAUCGAUAUCUACCUCCCAUUCCCGAAUAAGAUAUUAAGUUUAAAGUUACAUUAAGAAAAUAAGUUUCAAACAUAUCUUUAAAUGUGUUUAUAUGUAAAUCUUACGAAUAUUCUUGUACCAUCUAACAUUUUAUGCUGAUUGUGAUUGUAGUUUCGUUACAAUAAUCCAAUAAAAGAUAUUUAA